CUCCAACAAACAUCGACGAGCCCGCCACCAUCGACAGUCCUGCGUUGGGUGUUGCGUCCUGCCGCUAUUCUGUUGUGUCGGCGUGCAUCCGCCGUGUGUCUGGGGCGAUUUCAAAGGGCCUCGAUGCAUGGCGGCACAGGCGCCAUAUCAAUAUCAACGGGCAAGGGCAGCCGCUGGCCACAAUGACUGUUGUUGUUGUUCUUGUUGUUGGCGGGCGGCGGUGCCUGACGGACGGCGCGAGGUUGCUUGGUGUUGGCCGUGCCGUGGGGACGAGUCCGCGGGCACCGCCAAUUUUUUUGUCUCCACUAAUCGCGGCUGCCCAGGCGUCGGCUUCCUGGAAAAAGUUUCCCCCACCAUCAACUCUGCAUCCGGCCGCAUCCCAAUCGACUCUUGGUAUUUCUUCCUCCUCCUCCUCCACCUUCCCUCCCUUUCUUUCCUUGAGCCGCAUCAUCGCAACGCCUUUGAUACCCGGCUCGUGCGCGCAAUUCUCCAUUCUGUCCGCACCGCCAUACCCGCCCGACAUUAUGUCUGAAAUCACACACCCCACCAUCAAGGAUGGCUGGUUUCGAGAGAUCUCGGACAUGUGGCCUGGCCAGGCCAUGACCCUCAAGGUCGACAAGGUCCUCCACCACGAGAAGAGCAAGUACCAGGACGUCCUCGUCUUCAAGUCCACCGACUAUGGCACCGUUCUCGUCCUCGACAACGUCAUCCAGUGCACCGAGCGCGACGAGUUCUCCUACCAGGAGAUGAUUGCCCACCUCGCCCUCAACUCGCACCCCAACCCUAAGAAGGUUCUCGUCAUUGGCGGCGGUGACGGAGGCGUCCUCCGCGAGGUGGUCAAGCACGACUGCGUUGAGGAAGCCACCCUCUGCGAUAUUGACGAGGCCGUCAUUCGCCUCUCCAAGCAGUACCUCCCAAACAUGGCCGAGGGCCUCACCCACCCCAAGAGCACCGUCCACAUCGGCGACGGCUUCAAGUUCCUCGACGACUACAAGAACAGCUUUGACGUCAUCAUCACCGAUUCAUCCGACCCCGAGGGCCCUGCCGAGUCCCUUUUCAAGAAGCCUUACUUCCAGCUUCUCCACGACGCCCUCCGUGAGGGCGGCGUCAUCUCCACCCAAGGUUGUAUGUCUCGAUUUUUCUUGAGGAAAGUAGUGGGGUCCCUAGGAACGGCAGCGUGUGGGAACCUGGGCUGGGCGGAAAAGCCGUCGGCCUCCUGGUUGUCAACGGGUAUUCCCCUCUCUCAUGGGAGAUACCCCUCGUAUCCUAGGGACUGCCCGAGGCUAGUGCUGCUUUCCCGACAGCCCUGCUUCCGGUAGUCCCGUGUUGCAUCCGAGCUCCCGACGUGCCGUCUGCUGUCGCGGCGGCUUCCGUCGCCGUCUCGGCUCUUGACCCGGCGCUUCUUGGUCUUUUGCUGCGCAUGCGUCCUAGCGAACCCCCUGAUGAACUCUGCGCUGACCCUUUUUUUUUUAACCAACAGCCGAAAACCAGUGGCUCCACCUGCCCCUCAUCACCCAGCUCAAGAAGGACUGCAAGGAGAUCUUCCCUGUCGCCGAGUACGCCUACACCACCAUUCCCACCUACCCCUCGGGCCAGAUCGGCUUCAUGGUCUGCUGCAAAGACCCCAACCGCAACGUCCGCGUGCCCGUGCGCCAGUGGACCCCCGAGGAGGAGGAGAAGAAGUGCCGAUACUACAACGCUGAGAUUCACAAGGCCAGCUUCAUCCUUCCCACCUUUGCCAAGAAAGCUCUGCAAUAGGAGACGGGCCGGUUGGCGGGAGCCCUUUUAUCUACAAGGCAGGUCUGGAAAUGGUUGGGGAAUGAAGACGGACACCUAUCCGCGCGAAAGGGGCUUUCGUAUGGAUGGCAUGAUGGGCAAAGAAUAGAAAAAGUGAAUGACGACUUCAUAUGCCUCAACUUGACAUGCCUCUUGAAGACAUAUACCAGCGCUGAUGACCGUACUUGAGGUUUAUCAAAAUUUACCAGUCUAGAUGGUGCAAAUGGUACUACAGGUUCUGCCUAAGCAGAAUCUAAAACCAAUGUUUUACUCUCGCUGGGGUUCCGACCCACCAGAGUACGGUGCCCCCGAGCCUUUCCUCCUUUACAGUAUCGCGUGGCUGGGAUAUUAUGGUU